GCUGCCGUCGUCGUCACACUCGCUUUCAUCCAUCUUCUCCAGGCAAGUAGCGCAGUGAGCAGUCCGGUGUCGCUUGUCGGGUAUUUUUCUGCGCUCUCGCGGUUUCCCAACCGCACCACACAUUCGCUCGUCCAGCGCAGUCCAGUCAGCAGAGCAGUGUGUUCGUGGGCCCGCAGCAGGUAGCGGUAAGGGUAGCAGAAGCCGUUGGUUACGGUGAACUACCUCCUCCACCGAACCGACCAGCGACCACCGCGUUCGUUUGGUUCGUUUCGCGACGCGAUCGCCGCCAAUCAUUCACAGUUCGAUCUUCGCCGCGAUCGGUCGCUCGGAUUUUUCAGCCGGAGGAGAUUUCGUCAGUCAGUGUCUUUUUGCGUCGUCGCCGUCGUCGUCUUCUGUUGGAGAAACAAACAGAGAAGAGCAGCAGGAAAGGGAUUCCGCCACCGUGUCCGAUCGUUCAUUUUGGGGGAAACAAAACUUUCACCUUCCGAAUCGUUGGAUGGAUGGUGAUUAGAAAUCGCAAUCAGUGGUUGUGAGAUUAGAAUUUACGUGACGUCAAAGUGCAACGUCCUGCGUCUACUCGCGGGUGUCGUCAUCCCAGCUCGACCUUUGGACGGAUUGACCUCGAUUGUUUUGAUUGCUGAGUUAUUGGUUGAUCUGUCAGAACCGGGUUGUGUUUUCGAGUUCUUCCAACCGGAGAAGGGCAGAAUCUGAGUGCGGCGACGAUAAGAGAAAGUUCCCUUUUAUACCAAAAGAUGAUUGAAAAGUGAAGUGAAUGCAGUGCUUUUUUCCCAACGAAACAGGUUGAAGAUUGGGUAAAUAACGCAAAACGGCAGGCCAGGCAGCCGAAGAGCGAAGAAGGUGAAGCAUACAGAAAGCAAAUACCUGUGUGCAAGUUGUGUGCGGCCGUGCCGUGACGAGUGACCCACUUUCGGAGGCCAGUGCCAGUGUCCGGUUUUUCGUGUCGAUUUUGAGUGCGUUGAUUUUGGAAUUUCGUCCGGCUCGUUUGGUUGGGAGCGAAGAUGGAAUCUCUGAAGAACAGUGAAACCAAUACGGCGGCCGAAGUGGCGGCCAGUAGUGCGGCGUCGGCGGCGUCCCACGUCAAGGACGAGGCCAAGAAGAACAUGGACUUCAUCAUGAAGAACCUUCUGGCUGGAGGUGUUGCCGGAAUGUGCUCCAAGACGGCGGUAGCCCCACUGGACCGGAUCAAGAUUCUGCUGCAGGCCCACUCGAUCCACUACAAACAUCUGGGCGUGUUCAGCGGGUUGAAGCACAUCGUCAAGAAGGAAUCGUUCAUCGCACUGUACAAGGGCAACGGGGCCCAGAUGGUGCGGAUAUUCCCGUACGCGGCGACGCAGUUUACGGCCUUCGAGGUGUAUAAGAAGAGUUUAGCCAAAAUAAUAGGCACAAACCUGCCGAUCAAGCACGCGGACAAAUUCGUGGCCGGUGCCGGCGCUGGUGUCACGGCCGUUACCCUCACCUACCCGCUGGAUACGAUCCGUGCCCGGCUGGCGUUCCAGGUUACCGGAGAGCACCGGUACAAUGGGAUCGUGCACACCGCCAUCUCCAUCUUCCAGACUGAAGGCGGCUUCCGGGCGCUCUACCGAGGAUUCGUACCCACCCUGAUGGGUAUGGUUCCUUAUGCUGGAUUUUCCUUCUACUGCUUCGAGAUGCUCAAGUUCGUGUGUAUGAAAUACGCUCCCGGAGUGACGUGCGACAGGUUGGAGAGAAACACCGGUGGCCUUGUCCUAUCGGUACCCGCCAAGCUGCUCUGCGGCGGCUUUGCCGGCGCCGUGGCGCAAUCCUUCUCCUACCCCCUGGACGUGACCCGACGGCGGAUGCAGCUGGCCAUGAUGAACCCCGAGACGGCUAAAUUUGG